AUGAAAUUCUUACAUUCUCAUACAUGUGUAAUUUCAGCCAAAGAUGCUGAUCCUGGCUUAUCUACAGGCUAUAUACAUGUGCGUAGCGAUACCCCUGAGGUAUCCUUGAUGGUGCCAUUUGAAGCUGUUAUUUAUGCGGGGACUCUUGAGAUUGCGGUCAAUGACACUUCCAUCUUUCUUCCCCGAUUUAAUUCCUCCCUUCUACGUGAGUUUCCUCUACGCGUAACGAAUACGAUUCAGAAGGCUUUGGCCGUAUUUCACGUAGAACCUUCAUCAGAUUUGGCCGGCGGCAUUGAGGUGAGCCGUAGUAGUACCAAUGGCUCGCUUAUUAUGCUAUCUACUUAA